AUGUCAAAUUUCUAAAACAGAGUUUAAAAACUUUUGUGUGAAGAAGUGAAUCAUGAUAGUAAACCUAUUAUUUUGGUUUGUUUUAAUAAAGAUUGCGACAAAAGAAAGGUUUGUUUAACUUGUAUAGAAGAAUUUCAUAAAAAUCAUAAAGGUGAAUUGGCUUCAAUUGAAGAUGUAGAAACUUUUAUCAAAAAUAAUUGCAUUAAAUAAAAAGGAGCAUAUUAAUGCAAUGAAAUAUUAAGUAAGUUUGAUGAAUUUAAAAAUGAUAUCCUUAACUAAUUAAAUGUUUUGGAGUACAUUUUAAAGAAAAAAGUACAAUAAAUGUUUGAGAAUUUGAAUGAUAUAGACAAUAAAUUAUAAUAAAUUGGAGAGGAUGGUGAAAAUGAUUUGAAUGAACUUUAAAAUAAAUGUAAGUAAAAAAUUGAAGAAUUAAGAAUAGAAUGGAUAAAUAUAUUCAAUUCAUUUAAAUCCGUUGUUGCUCCAAUAGAAAUAAAUUUAAAGAGAUUUGAGAAAUUAAGUGACAAAGAGAUUGAAUUGAAUGCUUAAAUAGUAAAUGUUAGUAUGUUGUAUCCAAAAUAUACAAUUAAGCUAACAAAAUUAAAUAUUUCUUAAUUAGAGAAAGCUUAUCAAGAUUCACAAGUAGAAUUAGAAUUUUCAAUAUUUAAAAAUAUGUAUGAAUCAUUUAAAUGUGGAUAGGAAUUUAUAAGAGAAAAAUUUGUAUAAUUGGAAAAGUGUUGUGAAUCAUUCUUAAAUGAAAAUAGUGAAUGAUUCUUAUGAAAUCGGAUUGCCAGAAAAUGUGUAUUUAAAAGAGGGAGAAUGUUAUAGUUUAGAAAUAAAAAGUAAUCAAGAUAUAAAAUUUAAAUUAUUUACGGAAUAAAGUUUAGAAAAUCAACUUAUAGGAUUUUAAUAAUCUGAUCAUGAUGAAACAUUUUUCAAAAUAGAUGAAAAUAAAAGAGUUAGAAGUUUAAGUGGAAAUGGAUUGCUUGUAUCUAUUGGAGCAUUAUUUGAAUGAAUA